UUUUGGUGGAAAAGGGAGUAGUUCGAGACCCGACACCCUCAACACUUUUGCCCUGCUCCUCUUUAUAUACACCAAGAAUCUCCCGAUCUCACGUGCUGGCUUCUCUGGCCUGUUCCCAGCUUCCCAGCCUACGCUCUUUCUCUCUCUCCGGAGCUAAACCCGGAGGAGCUUUCUGUUUGUAGGGUUUGCGGCGCGGCGAGAGACCUUAAAAUCCCUUCCUUCGGUUUAUCUGACGCGGCGGCGACAGCGGCGGCGCCACCAUCUUCCACCAUGGCUGCGUCGACCCCCUCCGCGGCCGACUCGGGCAGGGACGAAUUCGUCGAUCUGAUCCAGAGGUUCGUGGAAUCGCUCGCCGAGGUGUGGGAACGCCUUCCCUUCCAUGUCCAUCGCGAGAAGCUUCGUCCUAUCACAACUCUUGCUGCUCUUGCCAUUGCAAUUGUCUUUGCUUGGAAACUGUUGAGAUCUCCUUCCAACCAUCAAAGAAGGCAACACAAGCAGCCAGAUACAUUGCCUGCUCGUGCUAAUGCAAGCUCACAGACAAACAUGAUGGUGCAAUCUUCAGAAGCUUGCACAUCUUCUGGGGACUUAAGAGUGCAAGAUGUAGCUGAUGAAUUUAUCCAACCAGUCAAGCUGACCCUGGGGCAAUUAGUAAGGCAAAGACUAUGUGAAGGGAGGAAGGUCACUUGUCAGUUGCUUGGUGUAAUUCUUGAGGAGACUAGUCCAGAGGAGCUCCAGAAGCAUGCAACUGUGAGAUCUUCUGUGCUAGAAGUAUUAUUGGAGAUCGCAAAAUACUGUGAUCUUUAUCUCAUGGAAAGGAUUCUCGAUGAUGAAAGUGAGGAAAGGGUUCUGUCAGCUUUGAAGGAUGCUGGAGUUUUUACAUCUGGUGGCCUGGUUAGUGAUAAGGUUCUCUUUUGCAGCACUGAGAAUGGGCGCUCAUCUUUUGUGCGGCAGCUGGAACCUGAUUGGCAUAUUGAUUCAAAUCCUGAGAUCAUAUUCCAAUUGGCUAGGUUCAUCAAACAUGAACUGUAUAUUUCGCCAAACAGACCUGAACGCACAGCUUCUAAUGUUUUCACCUCGACAAGCUUGGAGCAGUUCUUUGGUGUUUCAGCGUGAGGCUACUAUGUAAGUUUUUGAUUAAUUAAGCUAUCACUUGUAAAAUCUGUUUCCUUCUUAUGUAGUUUUACUUUCAAGGUGUCAUCGCCCACAAAAUAUAUUCUUGCAUCCUGACCAUCCAACCAGAUGAAGCUGGGAGGUGCACUCCAGUUUGUCAAAUUAUUUAUGUCUAAGCACAAAAAAUUUCUGAACAUGAUACUAUAUCAUCUUUAUCCUGCCACCGCCACCGACUAAUACGAAGCCUACUUGCUUAAGAGUUCAGAUUCCCUGGGUUUUCCUUUCAGGAUUAUGCUACAAGACCCUAUAACAUAUUUUAUCAGAUGGUUGUCUUGGUAUUUUGCAGAUUAAAGGUCCAUGUAUCACCAGUCCUCUCGAAGGAUGUUCUCAGAGAGCUACAAUUUGUAACUUAAAAAGCAUGUUAAUUGAAGAGCUCAUUUUUCUAUUUUUAAAUAUACACAGCAAAAUUAAUACAAGCGUACAAAACCUAUGAUAUCUGACUUCCUCCUGAGGCCAUUACUUUUACAUGUGAUGGGGACAUUGGGAUGACUUGUACUGUAUCCUAUACCAUAGUCUGUAUGGUACUUUAUUGUAAGAUCCAGUGCAGUCUAUUCAGGUUUUCA